CCGAAAUGAGAGGGUAUUCGUUCUCCGCAACUGAACAAUAAAAGAACGGUGAACGAUCGUCUGGCUCCCCUAAAUCCCAUUAAAUCCGAGCCAUCAUAUAUUUUUUCAACAAAUUAAGUGCAAAACAGCAAUUAUUUUCUCAAAGGCCAUGGCUGAAGCAGAUAAAUUGAAUAUAGAUAGUAUUAUAGCCCGUCUUUUAGAAGUACGUGGAGCGAGACCUGGCAAAAAUGUACAACUCACGGAAACAGAGAUCAAGGGCUUAUGUCUGAAAUCCAGGGAAAUAUUCUUGUCCCAACCGAUACUACUGGAAUUGGAAGCUCCCCUUAAAAUUUGCGGAGAUAUCCACGGUCAAUAUUAUGACUUGCUCCGUUUGUUCGAGUACGGAGGCUUCCCACCAGAAUCCAAUUAUUUAUUUUUGGGUGAUUAUGUUGAUCGUGGAAAGCAGUCUUUGGAAACUAUCUGCUUGUUACUGGCAUAUAAAAUCAAAUACCCCGAAAACUUCUUCUUGUUACGUGGCAACCAUGAGUGUGCCUCUAUCAACAGAAUCUAUGGUUUUUAUGAUGAAUGCAAGAGGAGGUACAACAUCAAACUUUGGAAAACGUUCACAGAUUGUUUCAACUGUCUUCCAGUAGCUGCAAUAGUAGAUGAGAAAAUCUUCUGUUGCCAUGGAGGUCUAAGUCCAGACUUACAGUCCAUGGAACAGAUAAGAAGAAUCAUGAGGCCCACAGAUGUUCCUGAUCAAGGGCUGCUUUGUGAUUUAUUGUGGUCAGAUCCAGACAAAGACCAAAACGGUUGGGGUGAAAACGACAGAGGGGUCAGUUUUACCUUUGGAGCAGAGGUUGUGAGCAAAUUUUUACACAAACACGACUUUGAUCUAAUUUGUCGGGCACAUCAAGUUGUUGAAGACGGUUACGAGUUCUUCGCCAAGAGACAGCUGGUAACGCUAUUUAGCGCUCCAAAUUAUUGUGGAGAAUUUGACAAUGCGGGGGCGAUGAUGUCAGUGGACGAUACGCUGAUGUGCAGUUUUCAGAUCUUGAAGCCAGCCGACAAGAGAAAAUUCCAGUACAACACCAACUCGGGCCGACCGACAACGCCACCUCGCGGCGCGACCAACAAAAACAAAAAGAAGUGAAUUCUGUCCAUUUAUGAACUAGGUAUAAGUAAUGUAAAAAGUUUUAUUCGAAGUUUUAAAUACUAAUAUUGCAUAAAUUCCCCCAACGCAUGUUUGUCUCACUUCUGAAACCUUGUUCAGAUCUGAAAACAUUACUGAUAGUUCCCGAACCUUUUUUCAAACCGUUCUUCAAAAGAAAAAAAAAGUGUCAGGAGUUACGAUCAAUAUCGGGUCAAUCUCUCACAAAAAAGAAACGAUGUUUACUUUAAGUUUGUAAUAUUAGUAUUUAAGGUCUAAAAUCAACACAGACUAAUAAGGAAAAAAUUCGAAUGCGCUAUUAUAUUGUUCAUUGCAGUUUUCCGUUAUUCUAGACAACAAGAAUAUAAUAGUACAGAUUUGGUGCCAUUUUAUUGAUUUUCAUGUAACUCCGUUUCCUUUUUUUUGUUCGAGAAUGAAUAAGUUUCGUUUGGGAUAGAAAUUAGAGUAAACUUAGUUUAGAAUCGUCGUUAAUCAGUACCAUCGUGUUCACAAUGAAUAAAAUGGCAGAAUCCCAUCAUCACGUGUUAAGAAGUAGCGGUUGUUUACGUUUUCACCUAAUCGUGAUUUUUUUUUCGUUGUUCCAAAAAUUGUUAUUCUCAGAUUUAUAUUCCUAUUUCUUUUUUUUGGUUGACGAAAUUGGGGAGGGGCGUUGUUGGGGGGGAAAGACGAGUUUCGGAGGGAUCUACAGUUUUUUUUUGUUCCGAUCUGUUGUCACUUGAUAAAAAUGAAUAUUAGUGUUUUUUUUCCACAUUUUACAAACAUUCUUGUAUAUAUGCGUUCAUAAUAUGAUUAUUUCGCAUAAGCCAACAAAUAAAUUUUAUCAUUUCACCCAUUUAA